AACCAUAUGUUCCCUGAGCACAGCAAGAGCUGCGUCUGCUCAGUCCCUCUCCAGUAACAUUGCUGACGCAGAGAUCCAAUUGCAAACUGUGGACAUGUUAGUGUUUCAUCUCAUUUGUGCCAUUUUUUUACUCUUGGAAGAGACCCGAGCCUGGGGAUUCAAGGAUGGAAUACUGCACAACUCCAUAUGGCUGGAACAAGCUGCAGGAGUUUACCACCGAGAAUCACGCAAAGGGAGGUACCAGCUGACUUACAGGGAGGCUAAAGCUGUGUGCAAGUAUGAAGGUGGAAAGUUAGCUAGCCACGCCCAGCUGGAGGCAGCUCGUAAAAUAGGCUUUCACAUGUGUGCAGCUGGCUGGUUUGAUAAAGGAAAAGUUGGUUACCCCAUUGUGAAGUCUGGCUCCAGUUGUGGUUUCGGGACAGUUGGCAUCAUUGAUUACGGUUACCGUCUCAACAGGAGUGAGAGAUGGGAUGUCUACUGCUACAACCCUACUGCAAAGCAAUGUGGGGGAGUGCUGACGGAUCAGAGCCGGGUUAUACAGUCCCCCGGCUACCCAGACGAAUACGAAGACAAGCAGAUCUGCUACUGGCACAUCAGGGUGCGCUAUGGCCAGCAGAUCCACCUGAGGUUCUUGGAUUUUGACGUGGAAGAUGACCCAGGUUGCCUGGCUGACUUUCUGGAAGUGUUUGACAGUUAUGACGACAUCUCCGGCUUUUCGGGAAGAUUCUGUGGAGAUGAGCUACCAGAAGACUUUCUUAGUACAGGAAAUGUCAUGACACUGAAGUUCUUGUCAGACUCAUCUGUGAGUGCCGGUGGAUUCAAGCUUGAAUACGUUGCUGUGACCCCAGCAUCGACGUUGAGUAACACAACCAUUGCUGCAAAUGAAUCAACGCUGCCAGAUGUGUGACCGCGUUGAGCUUCGAUCAACGCUGAGAAAGUGCUUUAAAAAGUUACUGCAAUGUGCAAGCGCAGAAUAAAUGUGUCCUUUUGAAUAGCAUUACUGCAAAGAAAUGUGACCUUGUAAACCACUGUUUGUCCCUAAUGACCUGUUUCGAGGGCCUUAUGCAAUCACAUGGCCAGUACUGUGCUUGUUAGAGUAAAAUGUGAAAUAAUCACUUGGUGACUGAUGUGCAGUUUUUGCAAAGUUUGUGUUGAAUUGUGUUGGAGCUCCUGUUGUCAAUACAUCAAUCGGGUGAAUAUCUGAACUGCUUAUGUCUGCUAUCUGCCUUGUGAGUGAUAAUUCUAAUGAGAGCUUGCUCUACUUGAUCAUACUUUUUAUGAACAAUUCAUUAUUUCAUUAUUAUGCUUUCCGGGUAUGUUCUUAUCCUUAACCCAGCAUUGGUAAAUUUGAUAAAAAGAAGUUGUGGAUUUGAUGUUUUCUGACAAUCUGUUUCUGUUUUUACUGUUUGACGUACAGUUAAUUUGUAAAUGAGAUAUUUUUUAAAGUGCCGGCUUGUACAUUAGGUUUAAUAUGCAUUUCAGACUUGGCUGCACAAUCUGUACGAUGUUUCCUCUCAGUGGGUCUUUUCCUGGUUAAAGUUAAUGAAUUAAUUAAAGCCAAAGCAAAAAAGCACAGCAGGGUCCCAGUUCAUUCGAAUCAAUUCAGCUGUGCUUUAGGAGCCAGAGCAGCUGGCAAAAAAGACCAGGAACCUAUCUGUGUCUUUCUGCAAAAGCUUCCCUAGUUAAAGAACAUCCAAAAAGUUAUGAAUGAGAGGGCCAAUAAUGCUUAUACUGUUCCUCGUAGCUGAUUGAUCCUGGACUUUCGACUUGGUCGCUGAAAAAGCCCAUCACCAUCAUCAUCAUCAUCAUCAUCAUCGCCACUUUAUGUGUAGAAAAGUCUGCUAGCAGUACUGCCCUCUCGCCUAUAGCAAGCCAAAUUAUCAUUUAUUUAGAGAUCUCUUGAAAUAUUUAGAGAUAUCUGCAAGUGAUCUGCUAAAAAUGAAAUAGAGAUAGCUCAAAUUGAUUUACAGAUAUCUUUAAAUAAUAUUUUGCUAGCAUGGGAUGCCAAACUGUCAUUUAGAGAUUUCUCUAAAUCUUGAAAUAACUUCCUGUUCAUUUAGAUGUAUCUCUAAAUCACUUAGCGAGAUAUCUCGAAAUAAAAAGGAAGUUAUUUCAAGAUAUCUCUAAAUGACUUCCUGGGAAAAUGUUUUCAAUGGAGAUAUCUCCAAAUGAACAGGAAGUUAUUUUGAGGUAUCUUAAAAUGAUGUAAAGAUAUCUGGAAGUUAAUAUCUAAUUUAAAGCUCCACUUAAAGAUAUCUGGAGAUAUCUCUAAAUGUAUUUUAGACAUCUUAAAAUGAUUUAGAGAUAUCUUUAAAUAUUUUAAUGGAAAUGGAAAUGGAAAUUAUUUAGAGAUAGCUAUAAAUUAUAAUUUGGCUUACCAUACUCUGAGGGUUCCACUCAAUUUACAACUGUCCCUAAAUCUUUUUUUAUUUGUAUUUUUUAUCUCUGACAUCCCUUAAUACAAC